UUCUGACAGAGAAAAGGAACUAGCUGUGCAUCUCAGAAAUACUCAGAGCUGCCCUUGGGGUUUAGAAAAACUGCCAGGGGAGGAAUGCAAACUUACACUGAGUGAGAUGUGGAGGGGGUGCUGGUGAUUGUAUUGGGACUGAAGGCACGUGCCCAGAAUCUCCAGCACUCCUGAGACACACAGCAGCCAUCGCAGGCUUUCAGAAAGCACCUUUUCUGCUGCCAUGACAACCCUGGGAGGAAUGGAAGAGACCAUAGCAGGGGCUGGCCCUGGUGGGUACCAGCAGGGGCAGCCUGUUCUUCUGAACUCCUAUCUGUGGAAGGGGCUGCUGGAGAAGUUCUUGAAGGGGGAGCCCAAAGUCCUUGGGGUCGUGCAGGUCCUGACUGCCCUGAUGAACCUCAGCUUGGGGAUAAUAAUGAUGAGUGCCAUUUUGCCAUUUUACGAACAACAUACAUUUUAUGUAGUACCCUUUUCAACAAAUGUGGGGUACACACUUUGGGGGUCAGUGAUGUUUAUUAUUUCAGGGUCCUUGUCAAUUGCAGCAGGAACUAGAACUACAAAAGGUCUGGUCCGAGGUAGCCUUGGAUUAAACAUCCUCAGCUCUGUCUUCUCUGCACUUGGAAUCAUACUCACUGCAGUCAGCAUCGAUACAUCUCCAUACUAUUACUUUCACUGUCGCUCUUAUGAGCAGUUGGACAGUUGUCCCAUGGUCGCAUCAAUUUUAAUAGGUAUGGAUGCUCUGGUGCUCAUUCUUAGUGUGCUAGAGUUCUGCCUCGCUGUGACCCUCUCUGCAUUUGGAUGCAAAGUCAUCUGCUGUACUGGUGGUGUUGUGUUGAUUCUGCCCUCACAUCCUCACGUGGCAGAAACAGCAUCUCCUGCAUCAUUUACAGGAGGUUUGAUGCCACUAACAGAUGAAGGAGAAAAAGUUCCAGAAAAUUUAGCCUAACAGUCACUCAACAACCCCACUGGGAAAGCGUCAGAAUCCAUCUCUGAUCUAUCUAUCAAUCUAUAUAUAUAAAACUCACAAGAAUGUUUUCAUUUUCCCCCAAGAAGUCAACAACUUGUUUCCCUGGUUCUUUAUCAACAAUAGCAGAAGUUAAAUGAAUAAAUCAUGCAUUUAAUGAAUCAAUAGCACUCAAAAGGUUUUCAUUCAACUUCAGGAUUUUAUAUAAGGACAUUAAGUUAGGAAAUAAGAUUUGGUAGAAGUCAAAAGAUACUGUAAAGAUGAGGACUCUAUGAAGACUACAUAUUUCUGCUUGCCUGGCCAAUCCUUCUCCCAAUUUUUGGCUUUUUAUCCUGCCUUUAGGAAUGCAAGGUGUUUUUACCUUGAGGAAGUCGAGAUGCAUGGCUUUUUCUUCCCUUUCUUUUUCCUGCUUCUUUUCUCCCAUAAAAAAUACCCUUUGAUUAGCACAGUUGGUCCUUGUAUGUGUACAAACCACUAUUUGAAUGUAAGUAUGCACAGAAUAACAAUCAUGACGGGAUCAGAUCAGAUUUCACCUCUGUUUUCUAUAUGUGUCUCUUCAUCUUCCUCCUUCCCUAUCUCCUUUCUCUCUCUCUGCCUUCCCCAAAGGGCAGACUUAUAUCUUAAUCAAACUGUAUUCAGUCCCAUACAUAUGAUUAUGCAAUAUAUAAUGUUUACUAAAUGUUCAUUAAAUACAUCUGAUUUAUUACA